UGUGGCUGCCCUUUUUUUUACCUGCUUUUUCGCCUUAAUUUGUUGCCUGAAAACGUCGAACCGCUGCAAAUUGAACGAUAAUUUGAUCCUCAUCUGAGUGGUUAUUCGUCAUCCUAGGCAGAUAUGAGUUCAAAAAACCCGGCGUCUCCGCUUUUUUCCCUUCUUUUUCUUUUGAAAUCGAAUAAAACUGGCUAAAAAGCAAUACCAUUAGAUUUUAUUGUCCACUUUUCUCCUUCCUUCCCUCAUUUCCAUUUCCAAUCCUCUCCCCUUCUCACAAACGACAAGAUGGCGGUCGAAGACCAUACUGUGUUCUAUACCGUCCUUCGUAUGAUGGACGAUGAACAACUUUUCAGCUUCUUUCAUACAUUAUACACAAUCAACGUUUUACAGCUAAUCGCUUUGGCAACAGGUUCAGUUGCUUUACGUGAAUAUCUUGCACAUCUUGGAGCAGAAUAUAGAACAUGGAAAUUACUACUUCAAGGUAGAGUAAUGCCAGCUCGAUUGGCAAUCAUUCUUGUUCGUUAUGCAUACCUUGGUGCUUUCCUUACCGCUGUUUAUUUCAUGCUUGGAGCACCUAAACCUCAUGAUUGCAAUCCAUUAUAUCGAUCUGUGUUUGGAUUGUAUACAGUUUUAUGGGGAGCAGCAGGCUCGAUCUUCUUGAUGCGCUUGAACAUCAUCUUUGCACGACAAAGAGCGGUCAUGACACUCUUUAUAGUCCUUUGGUUCGGCUGUAUUGGUCUUUGGGUAUACGUCACCACACUUUUACGUGCCGAACCAAUGCCAAAGAUUACCCAUUACCCAUACGGUCCUGUUUGCAUAACAGGUCGAUUUCCUAAAAUUGGUGCAAUCGCAUGGGGCGGAUCAAUCCUUUUCGAUAGCGUUGUGUUUAUAGCAACAUUCAUUCGUUUUCGUAAUGCUAGCAAGACAAAAGGUCAAAGAACUGUUCAACUUCGUUCGAGAAAAUGGAUCUUUCGUUCAAAUUUGUACUACUUUGGAGCUUCUUUCUUUUUCAACGCUGCCAUGUUGUUCUCUUCAUUGUAUGUCAAUGAUCCAGUCUUGAGUAACGUUGGUAAUUCUUUGGCUUUCGCUAUUCAUUGUUGCGUUGCCACUCGUUUGGUUUUUACUACAAGAGGAUGGGCAACAAGUGGAUCUGUGGACGAUGAAGAUGACGUGAUCUUGAACACAUUUAACAAGAACAGAAGACAAGGCGGACCUAAUCUCGGCGUUGCAUCACGCAUCACGUACACUGUUGAUGAAACAAUCGUCACUUCUGCUGGUGAUCAUUUGGAAGAUGGCAACGAUCGUCGUGAUGGACGUGAUGAUCUAGAAGCAACACAUCCGCAAUACUCUUACUCCCAUCGUGGAUCGCUUCGUGGAUCGCAAGAUCAUGACUUACCACAACGUGAUGGUACCAUGAUGAAGAAAGCAACCCCACCCAGUUCAAGACGACAAACGCAAGCACAUUUGCACUCCGACUAUACGCCCGAAAUUGGCUCUCGACAAGAAUCAAUGCCAAAAGUGUCCACUUCGGUCAGAAAGAAGCCUGUUGCCCGAUCACGAAGGUCACGUCAAAGCACUGAUUCACUCGAAGAAAAGAGGAGUACCAACGAUCAUCAAUACACUUCUUCUCGUCAUCAUACGAUGGAAAGUGGUGAUAUCAGUCGACCGGCUAAUGCAUUUAUGGGCAAUUCGGUCAGCCAUUCCACUCAUGUUGCAACGAUGCAUAAUCAAGCCCGUAUUGAAGCGGAAAUCGCUCAACCAUCUGGUGAUCAUAAUGCGGCGGUUGAGAAUAUGACCUAUACGCCAACUUAUGCAGAACAACAUGCUCGUGCAUCAAGUUUGUUCUAUGACAAUAACUCAACCCCAAAUGGCUCGCCAUCAUCAGAAAGCUUCGAUUUACGUGCACAAAAUUCCAUCACACCUAGCCAUCUGAUGACCAGAUCAACAUCAUCAAACGCACCUCCAAGUCCAGGCACACUCAGUAAUCCACCUUCAUAUUCUGCGUUGGAUCAACAUAUACGUCAAACGGCUUCUUCUUCUUCUCUUCGUCCUCCGGCUUCACCUGCCACGUACGAAAUUCAACAAUCGGAUAAUCGUCCAAGACGACCAAGUCGUGGGGAUCGUCGUCAGCGUUGA